GUUAUAAUAUCGGCUAAUAUCGGCUAUAUAUUCAAUAUUCUAUCAACUGAUGUGGAAUGAUAUGUUUUUAUUAAAAUUAUUGGUAUUGUUUUUCCGCUUAUUGAGCACAGAAGGAAAGGAACUUAAAUUAUGGAUGUUUCCAGAAGUGGUCAACGAGUUUCAGCCUUUGACGCUGAUUUGCGAUGUAGAAGAGGUGAAUGAAACAUGGAUAGUAGACUGGAUCAGGAACAAGACAGGCACAACUGAAUUGCAUUUAGAAAGUCCCUGUGCCUCAGCGAUGAAUUCCACGGAAGAUUACACUAUAAGCUGUUUAACGAAUCAGCAACAUAAUUUGACAAUUAACAACGUUACACGGCUGAAUCAUGGUGAUCUAUGGCACUGCCGUGACAGGAACAACACGAAAUAUCAAAGCAACGGUGUAGUAGUUCAAGUCAGAGUUGUUCCACCUUCUGUCGAAAUAACGCGGCCACCAACAGAUUUUGUAACUGUUUACGAAGAAGAUGAAGUGUUUUUCGAAUGUAUUACGUCACCUGGAUAUUUUACGUCUGCUAUCACGUGGUACAAGGUGACUAUUGGAAGUAAGGAUAUAAUUCAUGCGAACGGUUCCUCGGUUACAGAAUUAAAUGACAAGAAACGCCUCUACAGAAGUUGGUUAACACUGGCCUUCAGCAUCAGACAGGACUGGACAGUAGUGUACUGCACUACCAACAACUUCAUGUCGUUGAGCAAUCGAGUUACAAUUCAUGUCAUCAAACGGAAUGGUGUUGGAGAACACAGUCAUGGUGAUACAAUAAAGAUUGUGAUUGGGCUAUCAUCUAUAAUUGGAAUCGGAACAACAUCCGUUUUUGUAAUUGUUGGAUAUGUUAUCAUCAAGAAAAGACGUUCAUUAGAAGCCAAUUCUCGAAAGAAAACACAUACUCCAGAAAACGUGAAUCAAGCGAACGACGAAGCAAAAGAAAAUACCAGUCACAGUACUAAGUCCAGCACAGUGAAUAGACUCACUACAGCGGUGUAUGAAAACACAACGAUAGGCGCGCCAUAGGAACAUAUGCAGAUGGUGGAAGGUUAUUAGAAAUGGGAUGUGCGAAACGAUGUGGGACAUUGCUCUUUGAUGUUCAACUGUGCUGUAAACAAUUGACGAGUGUGCAGUUUAUUUUACUAUGUUUUCUUCAUGAAACUGAUACAACAAAUCAUUUUUAACCACAUUGAAAAAAAUAUAAUGACAUUUUAUCUUCCAAGAGUUGAACCCCGAAUACGAGUUUUGGAGUGUUGUUGACAUUUAUUUACAAUUUAUUAUUUACACCUCAACUUCCAUUGCUUAAAUGAACUGACUUUCGGUAAUAGCGGUUAUCAUCCGAUGAACGCAACAUCUUCGGAUAUGUUCGGAACGCAAUUCAUCGCAUAACAAUAUAAAUGAUUUUUUUUAUCUUGUUAUUGUUUGUAUUAUGUCAUCAGGUCCCGUAAAAUGUAAAUUAACAUUUUAGAAAGUGUUAAUUUAUGAUAUGUUAUAUGUAUUGAUGCCAUAAAUGUUUCAAUUUCAAGUGUAAAAGUGAUUUUAAGUGGUUGAUCUUUUCCCAUGUUUUUGUGACGUAAUUUGAUAAAAUGUUUCCGAAUACAGUCGGGUCGUUCUAUUUACAGAAUGGGUAAUAAAAGGAUAACUGAAAGGUUUUCUUAAAUGAAUGAUGUACUUUUUAACCAAUUCUUGAAUAAAAUAAUGAACUAUUGGUGUAAAUAUAAGUAAUGAAUUACGGGAUCGAUGUCAUUAUCGGGGAUAUGAACGCAGUUGGGCUGAUACCGUGGAGUCCUUCGGACUCAGUACACUCAGCCAGCCCAAUUGCGUUCAUAUCCCGAUAAUGACAUCGAUCCCGCAAUUCAUCCCUUAAAUAACGACACAAAACAUAUGUAUAUACAGUAGCAGUAGGACCAUCUUGUUAUUCAUAUUAAAUAGUUUUAUUUGUUAGUCCAUACAAAAAUGUACGUGCUUUGAUAUGUAUAAGCUAUUAGCUCAAAUUGAUGUUACAUUAAAGAAAAGAUCUUGUUUUGCAUGUAGUGUACACCAAUAUUGAUGUUGAUCAGUCAAAUGCAAAAAGUUCAUUCCUCUAAUCAAAUAAAUAUUAAAGUAAUCAAAUUUUAGUACCUUGCAUUUGAUAACAUGAUCAUUGUUAAAGUUGAAAGAAAAUUGAAAAAAAUAAAGUUACAACAAUGAAACACAAUUCAAUUGUUAAGGAUGGAAAUUCAACAUAAGUUGUAUGCACUAGUACCAAGG